UCACGGAGCUCAGAGCACUGUCUACAGCAGGCGUCGGAGGAGCAGAGAUCAUCCUGGAGGGACAGAGAGGGGUGUCUUCUAUGGAACCGGAGGAGCUGGAGAGGAAGGGUGUAAAGUUAAAGGAAGAUCUGAAGUUCUAUUUUAUGAGCCCAUGUGACAAGUACAGGGCUCGGCGCCAGAUACCCUGGAAACUGGCCUUGCAGGUUCUCAAAAUUGUUAUGGUGACAACACAGCUGGUCCUGUUUGGUUUGAACAAUCAACUAGUGGUUUCCUUCAAGGAGGAGAACACAAUGGCCUUCAAACACUUGUUUCUCAAAGGAUAUACUGGUAUAGAUGAGGAUGACUACAGCCUCACAGUUUACACUCAGAAGGAUUUCUACAAAAGCAUAUUCUAUGUAAUUGACCAGUACCGUCAGAUUGGCAACCUGUCACUUGGCACAGUUGGCUAUGAAAAUGAUGAGAAGAGGAAAGGGCUGAAGAUCUGUAAGCAGCAUUAUCACAGAGGGUCCAUAUACCCAUCCAAUGACACCUUCUAUAUAGACCCCACUGUGGAGACAGAAUGUCUGCACCUACCCCAGGAGCUGCUGAUGACCAACCACUCUCAUGACUUUCUGCUAGCCAACUCCUCCUUCUUCAACCUGGAGUUCUACAGGCUUAUUAAAGUGGAGAUCUCCUUCAGGCUGAAAGGCAUUGACCUGCAAACCAUACGAGUCCGUGAGCUGCCGGACUGCUACAUGUUUCACAACAAGAUAACGUUCAAUAACCAGGCUCAUAGUGGAAAGGUGAAGAUCUUCUUUGACAGUGAUGCUACUAUUCAGGACUGCAAGGACUGGCAUAUAUCUGGUUCCAUUCAGAAGAACACUCACUAUAUUCUGGUGUUUGAUGGCUUUGUUAUCCUGACGUGCUUGACGUCUCUUAUUCUGUGUACGCGAUCCAUUGUCCUGGCUAUAAGACUACAAAGGAGGUUUGUAAAUUUUUUCCUGGAUAAAUAUAACCGACACGUCUGUUCAGCUGACCGGCUGGAAUUUAUCAAUGGCUGGUAUGUCAUGGUCAUUAUCAGCGAUUUGAUGACAAUCAUUGGAUCAGUGAUGAAGAUGGAGAUCAAGGCCAAGAACUUGAGCUCGUAUGAUGUGUGCAGCUUACUCCUUGGAUCGUCCACCUUGCUGGUUUGGGUCGGCGUUAUUCGGUAUCUGGGCUACUUUCAAAAAUAUAACGUUCUCAUCUUGACCAUGCAGGCGUCCUUACCCAAAGUCUUACGAUUUUGCUGCUGCGCCGGAAUGAUCUACCUUGGGUACACCUUCUGUGGCUGGAUUGUGCUAGGACCAUACCAUGAGAAGUUUGAAGAUCUGAACACAGUAGCCGAGUGUCUCUUCUCGCUGCUCAAUGGGGAUGACAUGUUCGCCACGUUUGCACAGAUCCAGCAGAAGAGCACCUUGGUGUGGCUCUUCAGCAGACUUUACCUUUACUCCUUCAUCAGCCUCUUCAUCUACAUGAUCCUCAGCCUGUUCAUUGCACUCAUCACUGACUCCUAUGAAACCAUUAAGAAAUAUCAGCAAAAUGGUUUCCCGAUGACAGACCUGCAUGAAUUUCUACACAGCGGGGAUGGCAUAUUGGAAUGUGGACAGAAGUCAGAAAAGAGACAAGUGCACACCUUUCCCUUUAUCUGCUGCUGCCCAAGACAAAGUGACGAAAAUGACUUCAUCCUUAUAAACUGACGAAGAAUCCAGUACGGACAAUUAACUUAUUUUCACAAAGGACAUUACUGAGCUCUCUGGUAUUGCACAGGGUGGGACACUACUAAUGGACAGCUUGGAACGGUCUGUUCUUUUCUGAAUUGCCUUCUAAGGGAAGGAUUAAAGCUUUAGUAAUUUAUUUAUUGUAAAACACAGUUGUGGUAGGCGGACUUGCUUCGGAGUACUGC